CCGACCCGGCCAAGAAACAAGCCUAAAUAAUUUCUCUCAACGUCGACCUGAACCGUUUUCAAUCCCAGAAACCCCCAAAUUGACCAAAAUUAGGGUUCUAUGAGCUCUGCUCUGCAACCCAAUCAAAUUCCAGGAUAUGGAGCAAGCAAGAGGGAGUAGGCACGUUCUAGAUUCCUGGGUAUGUCCUUAUAUUUGGUUCAGGGUAGAAAUGAACAUGUUGAUCCAAGCCCACUCCUCUUAGAAACCCAGAAAUCUCAGUCUCAUGGAUCAUAAGCAAAAGUUGAUAGCAACUCCAACUUGUCGAGGUCAAGGAGUUCGCGCUGAGACCAUGGUGGAUGGAUUCAGCAAUCUUCCAGACGGUGUUACUCAUCAGAUUCUCUCACACCUCACUAUAACAGACGUUACCCGUUUUGGCUCUGUGUCCAAAAGAUGCAGACAACUUCAUCUCUCAACUCCUUCAUUGAAAUUUGAAGGAUUUUCGGAGGCGAAUUUGUCUACCUUGGGCAACAGGUUAGCGCUGUUGAAUGCUUUGGAUGGUUUCAUGAUUCGUCGUGGGGAUGUGAAGUUGCAAACCUUUCGUUUUCGUAGCUUCUGCGGAUUCGAGAAGUCUCGUAUCAUCGAAUGGAUUCGCAAUGCAUUGCGGUGUAACGUUGAGGGGCUUGAUUUUGAGCUUGGUUUAGUUGAUUUGCCACUUUUGUUUCAGUCUAUCUUACGUUGUGCAACUUUGAGGUCUUUGUCUGUGGAAAUGAAGUAUAAGUAUAGGUUCCUUACAUUACCCUCCUCGGCUUGUUUCGCUAAUAUUGAAUGCUUGAAGCUGAAAAAUAUUCAUGUAGUGGAUGAGGGAUUUUUCAGAUGGAUCUCAUCCUCUUGCAAGUGCAUUAAGGAAUUACGUCUCGAAGGAAUUGAGGGGAUAAGUCAUCUCUCAAUUGAAAGUUCAUCUUUAGUGUCGUUUAGUGUUGUGCAUCCGUUUCAGUCGGAUCCACUGAUUCUCAGCAUCUCUGCCGAGAAACUGGUAGACCUAGUUAUUGACUGGGGAUUUCAAAAUUGCAAGAAGGUGUUGAAUGUUACUGCUCCGGAAGUUAGAUAUUUGAAGUUAGAAGGGAAUUCUUUGAUUCACCAAAAACUUGGGGAAUUGAGGCGUUUAGAAAAAGCUGAUCUUUGUCUGAGACCUGGAGGGAAUGACAUUAACAUGCUAUCUGAGUUUAUUAGCAGUAUACGAAGUGUCAAAGUUCUUAUUUUAGGGGAGGAGAUCCUAAAGGCUCUUUUCCAGAAAGGAUCCAGACCAGCACCUUUAGAUAAUGUUCGUCAUCUGUGUAUCCAUGUCGGGUACAUGCUUGAUGAUGUUGUUCCGGCAAUGGUCUCUAUCUUGAAAGGAAUUCCUAAUUUGAGUACUUUGUACAUAAAGUCAUUUCCAAUCUUUAUCCACCUUGGAUCUAAAUCAUCAGGACAUAAUGUGGCAUAUUGGAAAUUGCUAGACCUUGCUUUUGUUCAUCAACUGGAGGAGGUAACCAUAGAGCUUCCUAAUGGGUCUAAUGGAAUCGAAUUAGCAAGCUAUCUGCUCGAGCAUGCUAAAAGUUUGAAGAAAAUGGUGAUUGUACAUUCACCCCAACAAUCUAGUGUUGAAAGGAAGUUGCAUAUAACAUAUAAGAAGUCCAAUCUCAGAGCUGUCUUGGAGGAAGAUCAAAAGAGAGGAACUUUGGAGCGAAAUAGCAGAAGAGCUUUUACCAGAGAAAGGAUAUAGUGGCUUUGUGCUUUGGUUUACAGUGGUUUCAUAAGAAAUUGGAUGAACUUGCUCUCGGGAAAGGCAAGAAUGUGGGUGUAAAUAAUAUGCAUAUGGUGAUAUGGUCGAUGCCAUUUUUUUUUUUUUUUUUUUUUUGUGGUCAAAGAAAAGAAAAGCAAAAUUACAAGUUGUGUGAAAUCAACAAAUCAUGGUGGUUUGGAAAGCUGCAGAGAUGAUCUGGGUCAAAUGUUUUCUGGGUUUGAGUUUGACGUGCAUUGACAAAUCAACCAAUUUUUUGGACGGUAAAAUUUUAGAAAAUAUUACAUGCAUGAUAAACUUGAGUUCUCUAAAUAUUUUUUUUUA